UGCGUGGGCAAAACCCCGUUCUGUGAUAGGCAACGUGGAAAAUGAAGAGCGGGUAAGAAGGAGAGAGAGAAAGGGGUCUUACACAAAGGAGAAUUGAGUUGAGGGUAUGGAAGAAGAUGAAGAAGAGGGCCAUGCCAUACUCAUCACUCACCUUCACCAUCACCAUUUCUCUCACACACUCUCACCUUCUUUUACCCUUCAACCUCACCAACACACUCACCCCACACUGUCUCAACAACUCUCCAGAUGGUCCUUCUAUGGCGUUGAUGAUUACUUCGUAGAUGAUUUCUGUGGCCCUGUAAUGGCAGCUGGCAAGUCUGUUCCAGAGUCUGGAAGUUUCAGGAUGAUGGAGCCUCUAAAGCAUGCAUCUAAGAAGUCUCGAAGAGACAGGAGCCGAGGAAAAUCAUCUGGGAGGUCCUCCAGCGAUGAAGCUAUGGAACAACAAAUUUGGAAAGAUUUGCCGGAGGAUCUAUUUGAGCCUGUGAUUGCACGACUUCCAAUUGCAACAUUUUUCCGCUUCCGCACUGUAUGCCAGCGAUGGAAUUCCUUGCUGAGUUCACAAAGUUUUUCUCAGCAUUGUGCUCAAGUCCGACAAGCCAACCCAUGGUUUUACACUGUUACUCAUGAACAUACAAAUUCUGCAGCCAUGUAUGACCCUUCUAUGAAGAAGUGGUACCAUCCCACUACAUCAGCACUGCCUGCAGAGUUGAUAGUUUUGCCAGUGGCUUCUGCAGGGGGUUUAGUUUGCAUUCUUGACGUAUAUGGUCAAACUUUAUAUGUUUGUAACCCAUUGAUUCAAUCCUUAAAUGAGUUACCAUCUUGUUCAGUAAGGGUUGGGUCUCGCGCUGCUGUAGGAAUGACAGUAGAUGAUAACUCAACCGGUGCUGUCUACAGGAUCCUGUUGGUGGGUUGUGAUGGAGAAUAUAGAAUUUAUGACUCGAUAACAAAGUCAUGGAGCUAUCCAGGAAACAUGCCGGCAGAUAUUAAGCUGCCGCUAUCUCUCAAUUUUAGGUCACAAGCGAUUUCUAUUGACAGCACCCUUUACUUCAUGCAUUCAGAUCCUGAAGGGAUUGUUUCCUAUAAUAUGGCAACUGGGGUUUGGGUGCAGUACAUAAUCCCAGCGCCAUUGCAUCUGAGUGACCGCACACUGGCUGAGUGUGAUGGUCGGAUAUUGCUUGUGGGGUUGCUCACAAAGAAUGCAGCCACCUGUAUAUGCAUAUGGGAGCUGCAGAAGAUGACUUUCUUGUGGAAGGAGGUUGACAGAAUGCCAAACGUAUGGUGCUUGGACUUUUAUGGGAAGCACGUUAGAAUGAAUUGCUUGGGAAACAAAGGCUUGCUCUUGUUAUCAUUGAGAUCAAGACAAAUGAAUCGAUUGGUUACGUACAACAUAGCAACUAAGGAAUGGGUGAAGGUUCCUGGGUGUGUGGUUCCACGUGGAAGAAAACGGCAAUGGAUAGCACAUGGUACUGCAUUUUAUCCGUGCCUCACUGCGACGGCUUGAUUUAAGCUUGCAUAAUACAGCAGAAAUGGCCUGAGAAUAUUUCCCUCGAAUCAUGAGGUUCCUUGCAAUUUACCCGCGGUUAACGCUGAUGUAUGAUUGAUAAUGUUCAUUGCUGGUUAACAAAGCAGAUGGAAAACGAUACGGGUUUGUAUCGUACUCUCAAACAUGCACUUCGAUCACCUUGCUUUCAAGACUCUUUUUUUCUGUAUAUGAAAGUUUAAUUUCUGUUAGAUCAAUCAUGUUUUCUAGCUGAAAGGUCCAAACUGGAGCUGGAGCAAUUCAGAAUUGAAGCUUCCGAAGUCAGGGAGAAUGGCAUAUUAAGAUCCUCGAACGUUCUCAAUCUGGACACUCCCUUCACAGGGACUAUAAACCAUGGGUUACCCCGGUGUCACUAGGCACCUCAUACUUUGCUCUUGCAGUCUUGCAUUAUAUAACAUGUACUUUUAUACAAAUCUGUCUCCAAAAUGUGGGAUCUUUGUUACACACGUGUAGCUUUUCUCACUCUCCUUCCAGCUUGUCACGGUUAGAAGCUGGGAUUUCAAUUUUGGAUGCCUCUCCCCAACUACGCAUCGAUGUAGUGUAUAUUAAGUUAAAGGUCAUUAUUAUUUUACUGUUUACGAUAGUUGUCUAUUUUAAAACCGUGGGAAUAAAGAACCAACAACCGCUUAUCUAUGUUCA